AUGUCGUUGCAUCUUUCCGCCAUAUCUCUCGGCGCCUUCUACGCUCUUAUCGCGUACUACUUUCUAAACAGAGCGUGGGAUCAUAUUAGCUACUCUAUCAAGACAAAGAAGUAUAAAUGCGGCACCCUCAAGACCUACUCCCACUGGGAUCCCAUCUGGGGCAUCGACUUCGUGCUAUCUAUGAGCCGCGCCUUCAAGGAGCAUCGAUGGCUGUCGUGGAUGGAGGACACCUGGGCUGCCCAGGGGACCAAGACGUUCAAGGCUAGGUUUCUGGGCAUGCGCAUGGUGUAUUCUUCUGAGAUGGAGAAUAUGAAGGCGAUGAGUACGUCGCAAUGGGAGGAGUUUGUGCUUGAGCCUAUCCGCGUGGAUAACGGUGUUGCAGCGCCUUUUACAGGGAAGGGUGUUAGCACUGCUGAUGGCGAGUUCUGGCAUCAGAGUCGAGGUAUCAUCAAGCCUUACUUUGAGAGACAGGCUUUUGCCAAUGUGGCUAGACUCAAGCCGUUUACCGAUAAGAUGCUGGAUCUCAUUCCUACUGAUGGCGAGACCUUUGAUAUGCAGGUUCUUACUCGACGAUGGUUCCUUGACACAUCAACUGAAUUCCUCUUUGGUAAAACCCGCGAUUGUCUGACUCAUCCAGAACGCGAGGACGUCAUGCUAGCCAUGGUAGAUAUCAUGCGAGGUGCACGCGUCCGACUCACCAUGAGUAAAUUCCUCUUCCUCCACCGCGACCCCAAAUGGUAUGAGAGUAUCCGCCUCGUACAUAACUUCAUGGACCAGUACAUCGACCGUGCCUACGAUGAGCUUGCCAAGCUCGAAGAAAAGGGUGAAAAAAGCACCGAGAAAUCUGAACGAACUGACCUCCUCUGGGAUAUGGUACACAAGAUUCCGUCUGAAGAUCGAAUUCUUCUGCGGGAUCAGAUCACCGCUGUGUGGGUACCUAGCAAUGAGACGACGAGUAUCCAUAUCUCGAAUGCUAUUUAUCAACUGGCGAGACACCCCGAAGCUUGGGAGAAACUCCAGAAGGAGGUACAUGAACUUGGGGAUGAAGAACUUACCUUUUCUAAACUUCGUGGGAUGAAGUACAUGAACUGGGUGAUCAACGAGACUCAUCGCACCAUUCCAAACGGUAUUCAGAUGAUCCGCGUAGCCGCCCAUGACACGACCCUUCCUCGUGGCGGCGGCCCAGACGGCAAACAGCCCAUCUUCUGCGCCAAAGGUGACAUUGUCCACUGCAACCGCUACCUAAUGCAUCGUGACCCGGACUACUGGGGUGCUGACGCCACCGAGUUCCGACCGGAGCGCUGGGACGGUUUGCGUCCUCUGUGGCACUUUGUGCCCUUUGGCGGCGGCCCAAGAAUCUGUCCCGCGCAUAUCCUUGUGGCGACUGAGACUGCCUAUGUUCUUACGAGGUUCUCUCAGAAGUUCAAGGGUAUUGAGGCGAGGGAUGAGAGAGGGUAUGUUCCUGUUAUGAGAGUUGGGCCGAGUAGUUUGAAUGGUGUGAAGAUUAGUGUGACGCCGAGGUAA